AUGUGGCCCGAGGCCUGCUUAUCCAAACUGCUAGAUCCGAAGGUGACCUUGAUAACUUUGGGCAUCUGGCAGAUCAGCGUCUCCCGGGAAAAUAAUGAUCUGGGCUUCCUGACGUUUGAUCUCAAAACCGUUCUAAAUAGAUUGUUCAAUAGACUUGUGAAGCAGCUAUUCCUGUAUCGGACGGCCGAGUCGCAGACGGAACAGAAGGAGCUCAAUCAGAUGGUCCUGUGGGACAAAAUCAUUCUGCGAGGCGAAAACGCUCCGCUGGACUUCAAGAACAUGAUCACCAGGUACUACUUCUGGGACGAUGGCAAUGGUUUCAGGGAUCACCAGAACGUGACGACGACCCUUACCUGGAACAUCGUUCCAAAUGUAGGAUUGCUUCCGAAUGUAUUUGCUCAUGGACAUCAUUCGUUCAAGUUCUCGGAAACCUUGUGCCGUCGCCGACUAGGAUACGGGGACACAUCUGGACCUACAGAAUACCGGAGCUGA